AUGAACCAACAGUUCUCCAAUGCACCAAUCUACGCUCCAAUCUAUCCACCCACUCAACAGCAGUCAACUCCGUCAUCAAGACCUCAAUCCCACGGCGCUCCUCAACAAAACCUACCAGCUGCUCACACCUUACCACCUUUGACUUCCGGGAACCAUGCCGCAUCCGCCUUUGGCAACGAUACCUACCCUACCCGAACUCAACCCCUACAGCCCUCGUUGAUGACCGCUCCCCAUGGACAAGAUAGUCAGCCAGGAUCAUACCCAGUCUACGCGCCGACAGCAAAUACCUUCUACAAUGGACAGAGCGCAAGUUUUUCGCAGGCCUCGCAGAAUCAGCAUUUGCACCAGCAGUCGAGACCAUCUCCAGUCACAGGGUUACACCAACCGGUAUAUACCUCUGCCCCGACGCAAGGUCGUUUGCCAGACCUGCGGCGUAUACAACCAAGGGAAAAUGGAAAACCAUCGUUAUCUCUUGCAAACCACAUAAACCAACUAGACGCAGUGGAAGAGCCUCAGCCUACGCACGUUGUGGGCUCACAGGGUCGAAGAGGGAUACUUCCAAGUGCAGCAGGGCGCCCGGCGGCUGUUGCUGGCGCGAACACAAGCGGUCAAAAGGCAGCGCCCACACCACCAAAAGACGCCGAGGGAAAAUAUCCUUGUCCACACUGUAACAAGAAUUACCUACAUGCAAAGCAUCUGAAACGUCAUCUUCUCCGGCACACUGGCGUGCGACCAUAUACUUGUGGUCUUUGUAAAGAUACUUUUUCCCGUAGUGAUAUCUUGAAAAGACACUUCCAGAAGUGUUCCGUUAGAAGAGGCAACCCAAGCGGAGAGAGUCAUCUGUCUCAUUCUCGAGCAAACAAGAAGUCCAGGCAGGAGGACGCAGCGCGGAUGGAAAGCAGCACACCAACUGGCGUCAGUCAAGCACAACAGAUGGAAGUCUUCACCCCCACGAGUCUGGAUGGAUCCUUCGAUAUCAAUACCCUAAACCUAGGCCAGUCGCAGUAUGUGGAAAGCCCUGACCAGGCUUCGCGGUCCAAUAGUAUUAAGAAAUCGAAGCGAAGCACUGGCAGUCAUUCAAACCGGGCAAGUCUAGGACUGGUGAAUACCUCCGGAUAUGAUCCAACGAGCUACGGAUAUGUGAGCGGUCACGUUACACCUGACUCGGCGACUACAAGUGGAGCGGCAACGCCCUACACCUAUCUGCACGAGUCAAGAUCCAACCAAAUAUCUCCGAGCGGGGCCUACAGUACAGCUAACGGCAGCGACAUGGUGUUCGGUGGAGUGAGCAGGGCUCCCACGUCUUCGAACUAUAACAAUGGUUCUCUGCCCCAUAUAGCCGGGCAGAGAAGUGGACACGACAUCGACUGGCCUUCUUUUUCCAAUUACAACUCGAACGAUGAUUACGGCAACACGCAAUACCACUCUGGCACCAAUACUCCUCUUCACCCCAUCAAAUCCGAGGCCGACCUCCAUAACAUACAGCUCGGAGAUUACCCGUACCUUCAAUCAAAAGCAUAG